AUGGCUCAGCGUUCAGCACCCGGCUCGCGCCAGCUCUCGCCGCUCCGGUCGCACUCUAAUGGCCGAAAUCCACAGCUAGAUCCCGCCAUCACACCUGCAGAGGACCCAGCAGAACAUCCUGCACUCAAUCCUGGCUGUGUUGCCGUCAUCACAGGCGGCGCAAGUGGCAUUGGCCUCGCCACGGCCGAAAUUCUCGCAGAACUUGGGCUGCGCAUUGUUCUCGCCGAUAAUGAUCAAGCGGCUCUGGACAAGGCCACAGCACAGGUCGCCGCAGUGGCAAAUGAUUCCUCUCAUGUAAUUGGUAUCCACGCAGACGUUAGCAAGAUGGAAGACGUCGUGCGUUUACGGGAGCGUGCAUUUGAUGCAUUUGGCGAGGUUUCUGUUCUAUUGAAUAAUGCUGGAAUUGGCCUCAAAGGAACCUCUUUUGGGGACCUCGACAACUGGAAAAAGGUCAUGGACGUCAAUCUCUGGGGUGUAAUCAACGUCCAGCACGUCUUUGUCAAAGCGAUGGUUCUCCAGGAGAACCCUUCGGUCAUCAUCACGACUGGCUCGAAGCAAGGCAUAACCAACCCACCAGGAAAUCCUGCAUACAAUGCUUCCAAGGCUGCCGUCAAGAGCAUCACCGAGGGUUUGGCACAUGAGCUCUACUCGACCCAUGCAAACGUUACAGCCCACCUCUUUGUCCCCGGAUGGACAUAUACCGCCAUGACAAAAGGCGAUAGCGAUGAAAAGCCUGCAGGCGCAUGGUCCGCUCACCAGACGGCGCAAUAUAUGCUGGAUCGCGUUCGUCUUGGCGACUUUUAUAUCAUUUGCCCCGAUAACGAGACCAAGCCACAACUCGAUCGCCUCCGAAUACGCUGGGCGGCUGAUGACAUACUCGAGAACCGACCUGCCCUCUCCAGGUGGCAUCCAGAAUGGAAAUCACGCUUUGAUGAUUAUAUCAGGGAAGGCAUGCAAGACGAGCAGAGGAGGCGGAAGAGUCCGUUUAGGAAGAUCAUCAUCACUGACGGAGACGCUGGUGCCGACUAG